UAUAUACAUGGCAGUUGCCAGAGACUAAUACCACACCACUAGUUGGAGAUUCGGUAUACGAUGGAGUCGUUCCUUGAAGAGUUUGGAGCGAAGGAGUUAUGGCAGGCGAACGACCGUAUAUUUAAGCACGCGCUGAGCUAUAUCAGAUCCAUGUGUCUCAAAUGUGCUAUAGAGCUGGGCAUAGCAGACAUCAUCCACAGCCAUGGCAAACCCAUCACUCUCUCCCAGCUGGAGACUGAGCUACGAGUUCCCCCCGCAAGAAGCGCCUGCUUCCUGCGGCUCAUGCGCCUGCUGGUCCACUUGGAAUACUUUUCUCAGAUCUCGGAAUCCGAGAACGAGAAGACUUUGUUCGGCUUCACUGCAAUGUCUGCCCUCAUCAUGAAGGAGAAGGUGGAGGGUCUUUCCCCGUUGUUUCUCUUUAUGAUGGACCAAGCAUUGCUGUCCCCCUGGCAAAGUGUUGGCAGAUGGCUUAAGGGGGACGAAGCCCGCACCCCUUUUGGGGUCGCACAUGGAAAGGAUAUAUUUGACGUCACCAAACAAAACCCAGAGUUCAACAGCUUGUUGCAAGCGGGAAUGGCCAGCGACGCUCGGCUCGUGGUGCAAGUACUUACAAGGGAGUGCGGCGACGUCUUCCAGGGUCUGCGGUCGUUGGUGGACGUCGGAGGGGGGACGGGAACGAUGGCCAUGGCGAUCGCCGAGGUCUAUCCACAGCUCAAAUGCACUGUGUUCGACCUCCCCCACGUGGUGGCUCCAUUGGUAGGGAACAGCAAGGUGGAGGUGGUCGGAGGUGACAUGUUCGAGAGCAUACCUCCAGCGGACGCGGUGCUGCUCAAGUGGGUGUUACAUGACUGGAGCGAUGUGGAAUGUGUGAGGAUUCUGCAGAGAUGCAGGGAGGCAAUUCCUUCAAAAGAGGAGGGAGGCAAAGUAGUCAUCGUUGAGAUGGUUCUCAAUGUCGAUGACUCUCCUCCUGAACUAGCAGAAACGCAGCUUCUCUUUGACUUGUACAUGAUGGCUAACACUUCGGGCAAGCAAAGGAGUGAGGCCGAGUGGGGUAAACUCUUCAAAGGUGCAGGCUUUUCGGACUAUACCUUAAAACCCUUUCUGGACUUACGUUCCGUCAUUGAAGUCUACCAUUGAUUGGAUAUCGGCGAUUGCGAACUAUAAAUGUUUAUGUUUGCGAUAGUCUUACUUCAGUACUAUCUUCUGUUUCCCUGUUAUCUCUUGGUAUUAUUGUAACUUAAAUGUCCUACUAUCACUUGUAUGAUGCUUGUAUUUCAACUUGUCUCGUUUCGUUCAAUUCUUCUGCUUAA